AUGGGGAAGAUUCUUCCUUCGGGAAUCCAUUUCUUGUUUUUGUUGGUUGAUCAGAUUGCCUACGUGCAUUCCUUGAAGGAGGAGGCUAUUCCUAUUCCCGACCAGUCUGCUAUCACUAAGGAUAAUGUCAAUAUUUUGAUCAACGGGGUGCUCUACAUCAAGAUUGUGGACCCUAAGCUGGCCUCUUAUGUUUUUGAGAAUCCCAUAUUUGCUGUGAUUCAGCUUGCACAAACAACAAUGCGUAGUGAACUUGCAUUCAACCUACGAAAGGGCAUAAAGGAGUUGAGGCAGGAAGUGUCCAGCCACCAGUCCCAAGUUAAGGCCGCCGAAGAGGAAAGGCUCUUAGAGCAUAAGCUAGCACUUCGCUUGGAGGAGGAGUUAAAGGAGGCUAAAGAGCAUUGCUUGGACUAUAUCGCCUCAUUGGCAGAAGCUGGGGAAGCCUGCCGAGGCUUGGAGAAGCAUAUCGGUGACCUUCAGUUUGAGAAGGAGGCGCUCACAGUGAAUAACGAUGUGCUUUGCAAGGAGAAGGACAAAGCAGAUGACUUGUACGUAGAGCUAGGCGAGUCCCACUCGCGACUCAAGAAGGAGUGA